CAAAAAUGUGAUGGAGAAUUGGAGAUGGAGAACAAAGAAACGGAACGGUUGUUGCUUGGGCACACACGCACGCGCGCGCGUUGCCCACUUUACGCGUUCGCACAACCCCCGGAUCCAUCGAGAAGCUUCGCAUCUUGAAGCAAAAACAACAUGAAUUGCGCCAGAACAUAAAAACUACCAACGAUAGAAUCAAUAAAAAAAAUGGUUAAACGAAAGCGCGGCGAUGACGACUCCUCCCUCAAUGUCUCUGCUGUAUUUUUCAAGCAUCGCGACGAGGUCUUCCGCGCCAUCAAGAACGCCAAAGGCCGCGAGCGCCAGCGACAGAGCAAACGGUUGAAGGAUGCGAAGUCGACCCCGGAUAAGAAGGCGAGGAUAGAGAAGGAGAUUGUUGUUCUUAACUCCCUGGACCUUCACCAAACCGCCCAUGCCCACCUUUGCUCGUCCCUCCUCCGAGUCAAGAGUAUCGCCGAACAUGAGAAGUUGCCAAACGAGAUCAAAAGCGGUGUGCCGAAACCUGAGCUCACCGAGGAGGAAAGAGCGGCGUUGCACAAUGUCACCAGCGCGCUGUACAGUCAUGCGGGUGUGAAAGAUGCGGUUGCUAAGGCGCUGGAAGAUGUCUGCAAGGCGCUGGGUGUUUCCGUUCCGGAGAAGAAGGGCAGGGGAAAGAAGGAGAGGCUUGAAGAGAAGGAGGGAGUAAAAGAAACGUCAGAGCCGAAGAAGGCGAAGAGCGACAAGAAGGAAAAGAAAGAGAAGGAUACCAAACAGGACAAGGUCAAGGACCUCCCAGUAGCAGAUGACAGCGAGGGAGAGGACGAGGACAUCAACUACGGAGAAGAUGUAGACGAAACUGUCGUCUCCCGCAUGGCCGACCUCCUCGGCUCAAGCUCAGAAGACGAAGACGACGAAGAAGAGAAAAUGAAGCUCGCAAAACGCCAAACCAAAACAAAGAAAGCACUACCAAAAGAGCUGGAUCCAAUGGAAAUCACGUCCGACGAAGAAGGUGGCGACGAGGCAGAUUCUGACGACGAUUCCGAUGACGACCUCGACCCGAUGCAAAUAACCGACGAUGAGGCCGACGAAGAAAACGACAAUGAAGAAAGCGAGGACGAAUUUGGCGGCUUCAGUGAUUCCAACCAAAGCUCAGCCAGUGACAGCGACAGCGAAGAAGAAAAGGAAGAGGAAGACCAACAAAGCGACGCCUCGUCAUCGGCACAGUCUCCGCCGCCAAAGAAGAGCAAAAGAGCCGCCAAGGUCGAAGUAAACGGCUCAACCUUUCUGCCGUCCCUAAUGGGAGGCUACAUUUCGGGCUCGGAAUCAGCCUCGGACGUCGACCUCGCUCCCACCCGCAAGAACCGCCGUGGUCAGCGGGCGAGACAGGCCAUCUGGGAAAAGAAGUUUAAGGAACAGGCCAAACACCUUAAGAAGCAGCAGGAAAAGCGGGAUUCGGGCUGGGAUCUGAAGAGGGGUGCUGUGGAUGGAGACAACAAGCCGUGGAAGAAGGGUAUCAAGAACCCCUUCAAAGCUACGGGUGCGAACGAUGUGGCUGUCAAGAAGGAGGAGGAGCCGCCGAAGAAGGAUAGGAAAAGAGAUGAUCUUGGCACGUUGCAUCCCAGUUGGGAGGCGAGGAGGUUGGCCAAGGAGAAGGAGAAGCUUACUGCUCCGUUUGAGGGGAAGAAGAUCACUUUUGACUAAGUUUUGUUGGAUUGUUCUGGUGAGAGGUAGCCUGCAGGUGCUGUCGCUCACGAUCAGAAAGGGACGGAAGUAAUCAUGGAUCA